AUGUCACUCUAUCCCGAAGAGAGCCACCAGGAUGACCUGAUUAUCCACACACUUACGGAGCUCGCAUUAUCCAGACAGACAACAUUCAAGAAAGUAGAUAUUGAACGCCUUGGGAUCACGGUCGAUAGGUUUGAAGCUAGAGACUCCAAUUUUCUGGACGAUAGAAACAAGUGUCCUUUUAAGCCUUUUCGUCAGAAGCUCAUUAAAAGCUGGAAGAUACCGGAUAGUAAGGCAGCGUACGAAUCUGUGCACGACCGCCUGGAUAUCCAAGAUGUGCCUCGUAACUCGCACCUUGCUUCUCAACCAAGCGAAGCUGAGAUAGCAGACGCUACGGCGGAUGUUAUUGCAUAUCUUGAGACAAAUAUGACCUUUUUAUGUGACGGCGGAAGUAGCACGCCGUUGUCCGAGAAGCUUGAGUGGACCGAGAUCGAUGCGGAACAUGCCGAAAUUCGCGGUGACGGUAUCGGUAUUUUGGCUUAG